GGAAGGUAAGGUUUGUAUUUGAAAGUCAAUCGUUGAUUGGCUUAGAUUGUAUGCACGCAUCCGUUUAAACUGGGGCGGCAGUAAGCUGACUGAAUUAGCGACAUCUUGUUUUUUUUAAAUCAAGCUUCAGUGGCAGACGUGAAGAUUUCAUUGUUUGAACGGGUGUCUCGGUCUAAAACCAAACCGCAAACCGAAGCAGUGAUGGCAUCUCAGAACGUGGACCCGGCCGCGGCUGCUGGAGCGUCUACAGCGGCGCUGAAGGGCAACGACGGCGGUGGCAGCGGCGCCAAAGGCUCGGUGACCAAACGGCUGCAAAAGGAGCUGAUGACUCUGAUGAUGGCCGGCGAUAAGGGGAUCUCUGCGUUUCCAGAAUCGGAUAACCUCUUCAAAUGGAUCGGAACCAUUGACGGUCCCCAGGGGACGGUGUACGAGGGUCUGCGGUACAAGUUGUCUCUGGAGUUCCCGGCUGGCUAUCCUUACCAAGCCCCCUGGGUCCGCUUCCUGUGUCCAUGUUUUCACCCCAACGUGGAUGAGCAGGGCUUCAUCUGUCUGGACAUCCUGAAGGACAAGUGGUCGGCGCUCCUCGACGUCCGCUCAGUCCUGCUCUCCAUCCAGAGCCUGCUAGGAGAACCCAACAACGAAAGUCCGUUGAACGUGGCUGCAGCUGAACUUUGGUCAAAUCAAGAAGCCUACAAAGCUCAUCUACACUCCACCUUCCAGAAGUGAACCUGCUCGCCUUUUUUUUUAAAAUCCUUUGUGUGUCUUCUGUUUGUACAAUAUUUUUAUGUUUGCCUUUGCUGCUUCAAUAAAGUUCUUAAUUCAAAUGCAA